CACGUCGAAGUAUCUUUCUAGAAAGUCGUACCGCACAGAAAGAUGAAAAGAGAGAACAACAUCGACGUCAACCACAUCGAUCAGAUCCUGAAGUCAAUAAUGGCGUAAUGAAGGAAGAUUAUAUUAAUCAUGUACGAAAGAGAGUUAACAGUAGAUUAAAAGAUAUCAUAGCAAAAUGUUCAUGUAUGGUAUCAAGACAAAUAGUAGUAACAACAGCACAACAUAACGAGUCCAAACGUUCAACAAAACACCGAAUGUUGUUGUCGGAUGGUUAG